AUGACUACAGAAAAUCCCCAACGACUUACAGUUUUGAAACUCGCCACUAAUAAAGGUCCAUUAGCUCAAAUAUGGCUUGCCUCGAACAUGUCAAAUAUAUCAAGAGGUUCCGUUAUUCAGACUCACAUUGCUGAAUCAGCAAAAGAAAUUGCAAAAGCUUCUGGAUGCGGUGAUGAAACAGAAAGUACUGAGCACAUUACCCUAAGAACAUCAGGUGAAUUACUACAAGGCAUCGUCCGCGUGUAUUCUAAACAAGCCACUUUCCUACUUACAGAUAUCAAGGACACACUGACAAAGAUUAGUACGCUAUUUAAAACAAAUCAAAAAAUCAAUACAACAGUAAGCAGAUUGAAUACUGUUACGAGAGUCCAUCAAUUGAUGUUAGAAGAUGCCGUAACAGAAAGAGAAGUUCUAGUCACCCCGGGGCUGGAAUUCCUAGAUGAUACUACAAUACCAGUGGGCUUAAUGGCGCAAGAAAACUCAAUGGAAAGGAAGGUUCAAGGAGCUGCUCCUUGGGAUACAUCACUAGAGGUUGGAAGAAGGUUCAAUCCAGAUGAAGAUUUCGAGCAUAAUGUGUCCGGCAUGGACCUUGAUUUUGACAUCGAAGAAGGCCCCGUAACUUCAAAAUCCUGGGAAGAGGGGACAAGGCAAAGUUCACACAAUUUUGGGACACAUGAAAAUUUCAUGCAGGAUGAUGAUUUUCCUCUUGAUGAUGCUGCAACUGUUGAUUGGGAUCUGGGAAUUACAGAAAAAGAUAAUAAGAGCGACAAUGGUGACGAUAAUUCUGUUGAACAAGGGAGAAGAGUUGACGAGUCAAUGAUAUCUGAGGAACCUACAGAUUUCGGGUUUAAUUUAGAUAUAGAAAAGGAAGCACUUAUGGACAAUGUAGAUAUGACAGCCAAUGUCACGACAGGAUCACAACCAGAACAAACUAGAACCAGAAGAAAAUCUCAAUUGAUAAAUGCGAGACAUAUUAAAUUCGACGAGGAAACAGAAAGGCCCGAAAGUCUAACUUCUUCCAACAACUAUGAAAGGGAGGGACUAAGUAACUCUCCCAUAACUCAACGUGUCAGUUUUGCAACUAAAAGAUUGUGGAGUGAAAUAACUGAAAGCAUGUCAUACUUGCCGGAUUCAAUUAUCAAAGACUUUUUAUCCUAUGAUUCCCUAAAAAGAAGAAGGCUGCAAAAUACGCCGGAAGAGUCAAUUGAUGAACCUGAGCUAAACAUAUCAUUGGAUCUCAAUAACGAUCUGAUUAACGACCUGGGCACAAACAAUGAUAGUUCUAAUGAAUUGACUAAUGAUUUUUCGGAUUUUGUGCCAAUUGAUGCUGAUUUGAAUGAAGCUCCUUUUCCAGAAAACGAUGUCACAAGGGCAAAGACAGGAAGGGAAGAAACCACUAUUCAAACGGAAAAGAUACGCCUUGCUUCUGGUGAGGUGGCAUCUAAAGCUAUUGUGCAAAUGGCAGAGAUUUUAAGGAAGGAAACAGCCGGAGAAAAAGAAGUGAUAUUCACAGAUGUCUUGAGAAGCCAAGUAGAUGUGGAUUUGGAAAAAAUUACCAAAAAGGAAGCUAGCAAGGGAUUUUUCGAUAUUUUAUCACUUGCUACAGAGGGAUGUAUUGAUUUGAGCCAAACAAAAACCUUUGGUGAUAUCAAAAUAGGCGCUAAACCUGCUCUAUUUGAAAGGUUCAUUACCGCCUAA